UGGCCUCUGACCCGGGCCGACCAUGGCGGCGCUGCGGCUCCUGGCGUCGGCGCUCGGGCGCGGGGUCCCCGCCGGCGGGUGCUCAGGGCUCGCGCUGUCCCAGGGCUGCGCCCACCGCUUUGCCACCAGUCCCCGGCCCCGCGCCAAGUUCUACACGGACCCGGUGGAGAUGGUGAAGGACAUCUCUGACGGGGCGACCAUCACGGUCGGGGGCUUCGGGCUUUGCGGUAUCCCAGAGAACCUGAUCGCCGCGCUGCUCAGGACCGGCGUGAAGGACUUGCAGGUGGUCAGCAGCAACGUGGGCGUGGAGGACUUCGGCCUGGGCCUCCUGAUGGCCUCCAGGCAGAUCCGCCGCAUCGUCUGUUCCUACGUGGGUGAGAACACGCUGUGCGAGAGCCAGUACCUGGCAGGAGAGCUGGAGCUGCAGCUCACACCCCAGGGCACCCUGGCCGAGCGCAUCCGCGCGGGGGGCGCCGGGGUACCCGCCUUCUACACCCCCACGGGCUACGGGACCCUGGUCCAGGAAGGGGGCGCCCCCAUCCUCUACACCCCGGACGGCCACCGGGCUAUCAUGAGCCAGCCCCGAGAGGUGAGGGAGUUCCAAGGCGACCACUUCCUUUUGGAGCGCGCCAUCCGGGCGGACUUCGCCCUGGUGAAAGGGUGGAAGGCCGACCGGGCAGGAAACGUGGUCUUCAGGGGGAGCGCCCGCAAUUUCAACGUGCCCAUGUGCAAAGCUGCAGACGUCACGGCGGUGGAGGUGGAAGAGAUCGUGGACGUGGGGACUUUUCCCCCAGAAGACAUCCACGUUCCAAACAUUUAUGUAGAUCGUGUGAUAAAGGGGCAGAAAUACGAGAAACGAAUUGAGCGCUUGACAAUCCGGAAAGAGGAAGAUGGAGACGCCGAAAACAAAGAGGACGCCAGGACGCGCAUCAUCAGACGCGCAGCUCUGGAAUUUGAGGACGGCAUGUACGCCAAUCUGGGCAUAGGCAUCCCCCUGCUGGCCAGCAACUUCAUCAGCCCCAGCAUGACCGUGCAUCUUCACAGCGAGAACGGGAUCCUGGGCCUGGGCCCGUUUCCCACGGAAGAUGAGGUGGAUGCCGACCUCAUCAAUGCAGGCAAACAGACCGUCACGGUGCUUCCCGGGGGCUGCUGCUUCGCCAGCGACGACUCCUUCGCCAUGAUCCGAGGAGGACACCUCCACCUAACCAUGCUCGGAGCCAUGCAGGUUUCCAGAUACGGCGACCUGGCGAACUGGAUGAUCCCUGGCAAGAAGGUGAAAGGCAUGGGCGGUGCCAUGGACUUGGUGUCCAGUCCGAAGACCAGAGUGGUGGUCACCAUGGAGCACUGCACAAAGGACAACAUCCCUAAGAUCGUGGAGAAAUGCACCAUGCCACUGACCGGGAAGCAGUGCGUGGACCGCAUCAUCACCGAGAAGGCCGUGUUUGACGUGCACAGGAAGAGAGGGUUGACGCUGACGGAGCUCUGGGAGGGCCUGACCGUGGACGACGUCAAAAAGAGCACGGGGUGUGCCUUUGCUGUGUCCCCGAACCUCAGGCCCAUGCAGCAGGUGGCACCCUGA